AUGCGGCAAAUACUCAAUGCACAUCUGGUUAUUACAGCAACAACACUACAGCAAUGUGCGGCAGUACGAUGGCAACUGUUGGUUGUCUUCCUUAUCUGCAACUGCAUUGAUAUUUCCAUUUCCAACCAAAUCUCGACAGUGGGCGCAUUCGAGCCGGAUUUCGUCUUUCCGCUGGAGAAUGUCACCGUGGCGCAGGGACGCGAUGCGACCUUCACGUGCGUGGUCAAUAAUCUCGGCGGUCACAGGGUGAGUGGCGACUCCUCAACGGCCAGGCACCGUUUGCGUUUAUAAGAGAAAGUAAAAGUUCUCUGCAUUUUUUUUUUUUUUAUUAAAAAUCGCACUAUAAAAACGAAUUACGAUUUUCCAUGCACAAGCGCACUUACUUUCAAUGCAAAAAUUAAAAAUAAAUCAAGUACAACUGUAACUUUGUUAGCACGUAGUUGCAAAAGUAAUAUUUUAAAUACGAGUACAUACUAAAAAAAAAAAAUCACAAAAAAAAAAUAUAUAUAUAUAAAAUUUAAA